CCACGACUACGUACAUACAUAAAGAUUUUGCAACUUUUUUUCAGCGUUUGCGAGAAACCUAAAGGUGCAUCCACCAGCGGCACAUUCCGUGUACAGUUCUUUUUCUGGCGUAUAUUUGCACCAGCUCACAUGCUUGAUGAGGGCCACGCCAGAACAAGAAUGAAUGAAUGUGUGGUUUUUCUUGGCAGAAGGGCCAGGUAUGGCCAAAGAGCGCCAUGCAAUUGUUAUUGAUUUCGCAGUGGAGUGAUGUGUUCUAUGGAGUUGAUAUGACGUGGCUGUAAAGGGGCCUAAAAUAUAGUCGCUGUAAAGUGCGUAAAAUAUAUGUGCAAUAAAAUUAUGGCGAUGACAAAUGACAUGUACUAUGAGCAUUGAGGUGCAUUUCAAAAUAAUGGUACGAUAUUAAAAAUUGUAUGAGUUUCUAAAAUUAACUUGAGCACCAUGGCCAGGUUAGAGCCUUUGCGACACAAGGGCCUGGAUGCAUGUGCUAUAUAAAACAACUAUCAAAGACGCGCCACAGGUUGAAAAGGACAACGUGGCAGAUGAAAAUGUUAGAGGGCCAUUGCAGGCUUGACAGCAAGAAAACUUCACGUGGACUCGUGUGAGCCGAAGUUGACGAUGGACGCAAACUUUGCGUGAAACAGCGCAGACGCUGCAAUAAAGAAGCUGGAUCAGCAACAGGCAGCGAGGGAGGACCGGCGACGAGAUCAUAAUCACGAACAAGAGCAAACAUUUGACGGAGAUAUGCGCGUCUAGGCCACCUUACUAGCGACAAGGGGAUCAAUGAGGUAGGCAAAGCCAAACGAUGUACUCCUGGUGACUUCCUCAUAAAACGCCAGAAUUUUUGGGCCACAUUACGCAAACCAAAAGGUAUACUCAAACCCCCAACAGAAAAAAGCGGGGUAUUGACAGCAGUUUUUGGCACGUAAGGUAGUUCAACAUUCGAAUAUAUGGUGGUCCCAGCUACAAAGGCACUGCAAUCCUGAAUCUCGGGUAGAGGGUAGCGGUUAGGAACACUGGUCGCCUUAGCCGCCAAUCGUUAUUUCUUUCAGGUCCCAUGCAUUGGAAUGCCGAAGACCAGGAACUUCAAGACGGAGUAAUCGCAUUUAGUUGCAACAUAUGCCCAUGCUCUUGGCCAUCAACAUGGAGCUUCUCAGCGGAAAAUCCAGAACGCUGCUGCUCCAUGGCAGGUCUUGCUGAAUGCCCGGGUCACCAGUACCCGCGGGAGACUAAACACAAUUAACAAGGCUCAGAAGAACCACGACUCAAGCGAAAAAACACAAACGACAGGACCGGCGCCGGUCCUGUCGUUAGUGUUCUUCUUCUUAGUCCCGGACUUUUGCGCCUUGCCUUUACUAAUUCAAGCAUGAACCAACUAAUCCAAGCAAGAGUUCUACUUGUACAAUUAACAAGAGCGCGACUUUAUUUCAGCGGGUUGCCUGAGACCCAACGGCGGGUCCACCCGCCGUCCAUUGUCCUUCGUCUUCUUUCUCAAAUUUAUAUUAGCAUCAGCUAAUGUGGUUGGCCAGGGCUACGCAGAAGCAUAAUAACAACACGCCAAACUCUUUUUUAGCUUAUGACAUUAGUUAAACGUUAGGAUUAAAAAGCAAGAAACCUAAUAGGGGAGGGGGCGAUACUGCAAGUGGCCACCCAGUUAACUUGGCCAUUUUGUUUGUUGAAAAGUGCUGAUUGGUUGGGAGCUUCUGUCUCCUGACGCAUACCCCAGCCCGGCCAUCUCAAUCUUUAGCAGUAGAGGUUAUGGACAUGUCUAUUAGAUGGACACUUGCCGAUAUGCCAGCCCCCCCCCCCCCCCCCCCCCUUCAGUAUCAACGCCAAUCAGGCACGGAAAAUUACAGGAUAGCGCAACGAUAUCAACGGUUAGAUGAAAGCUUGGCGCUAACUUGAAAGUUUUUGUGAUUUAACGUUAACCAUACACAGCAAGGCAGCAGAACUCAGCAGCUGCAAAGCGGACAAAUACAUAAACGGCUCCUUUCAGAAGAACAAAGUAUAAUUAGGCACUCGUUCUCUUGCGAGAGAAUGGCCAAGCCCUUAUCAAGUACAAGCGAUCUUUGUAUAUUAGCACGAUUCAACUGCGCGAUUUUGAAGAGCCACAUUGUGCGUUUCACCUUGCAGGUCACGGUGUGCGGUGUCUUGGGACUGGAUAGACGUUGCCCUCACGAGCAACGAUUUGCAGCUGUCACUGCGUCUAGUGGUCUAGCCAAGUGGCCGUCACGAGUCAUUCACUCCCUACGUGCAGCACUUCAUAUUACUGCAGCUACUUUCACCAGCUAGCAUAUGUAGAAAUUAUAAAACUGAAGAAAUAUAAAUGUUAUGAGGUAUACACAUUGCGGAAGUUAUCAGGGCAUACGGAAGGGCUUGCUGCUUGGCCACUAUAGUUUUCAAGCAGUUCCACAGUUACAGUCCACCGUAGUGCGGUGCACAUCAUAACAGUUUUAACAUUUUCUCUGAAAAAUCGAUCAAGUGGAAAGUUCGUAUCUGGAAUUAUAUUUAAGUAUGCACAUUUAUCUCUAGCCGAUCACCAUUUUUUUUCUGUGCUUUCUACAAAACUGAAACAUUGCGCCAUCGUGUUAUAGCUAACAAACUCAAUGACUGUUGCACUUUCGAAGAAUGUCAUCUACAAUGGGCGAAAUUUAUGGAAAAAUUAUUUUGAAUUUCAGUAACACAUUAUGCAGCACCACUGCAUUCCGCCGCGUGGAAUCAGAGACGCACAUCUAGGCCGUUUAUGAAAACAAUAGCGCUACAAACAAAACCAUUUCUAUAGAACAUAUUGACAUCAAGCAAGGUGAAUUUCUAGUGGUCACACAGAUUGUCUUCGGGAGUGCCGUGAUGUUUUGUCAGUUGGUGGAUAUGUGCGCCAAAGUACAUCCACAGCAUGUCAAUCCGUUUGACAUGCGAUGACACAGAAAUGUGUUGCUCCGUAGUUGCAUUCGCCCAGUGUUUGAACUGUAUUGAAUCUAGGCUUAUUUCUUUACCUACAUUGUACGUUCAACAAUGACUGACUUGAUAUUUAUGCUACGAACUGAAUCUGUGUAUUGUAUCGGAAAUGGUGUUUUCUGCCAACGUGUGUCUUUUUCUUUAUGCAGGUAGUGUUAACGCCACGCGUAAGUACGCCGAAUUGCUUUCGUGGUAUACCAUACUGGUUCGUUGUGGAACAUAUGCAAUACUGUCGUGCUAUCAAUAAUUUUGUAAGUUCUAGAAACAUGGAUGGAUAAGGAGCGUGACAAUCAAACGAGUCUCAAGAAAAGAAAUACAACGCAAGGACUCAUACACGAAGAAACCAAAUCAGUGACCAACCCACUGUCAGGAAGCACAACGCUCGAAGAUAUUUCAACAUGACGAGAAAUCAUACGAGCCACGCCUGCGGCAAGACGCCGAUAUCCAUUGGAACUUCCACGAUGUCAUCAUCGGCAGUGGUACCAAUAUCAACGCCACCAAGUUCCCCUCUACCCUCAAACGCGACCAUGACAACCACAGCUCCACUGUUCAAGACCAAACCAAUGGUGCUGUGCCAGCUGGUGUCUCCGAGCUACUUCAGGACGGGGACUCUGCGUAACGCGGUCGAGGCACAAGAGGUGCCGAGUUCAACGCUGUGUGACUACAUACUUCUGGACCUGCCACUAGCAGCUAACGGCAGCUUCGAAUUCGAAUCAUACAGAUUCCUCACCCAUGCACGCACAAGGCACCGCCUCCUCUUCCACGUCGACAUCGACCUGAACGGCGUUGGAGGGGGAUUAGUAUUGGUGAGCUCUAGCCAGUUCGUGGACAGCGUGCGAAAUUUACAGAACUCGCUGAGCUCCAGCAAGCUCCAUGGGCUGGGCGUGCUCAAAGGUUAUCCAACCUUGCUCAGCCAGUUGGGACGCCGCAGCGCAAUACCUUACCUGGGGGCGAUCUACGAAGAAUUUUCCAAGAUAUUGCGGGGCACAGGUGUGGAACAGGACAAAAUAAAGAACUUCCUUGCGUUCAAUCCAGGCCUCAUCACACAGUAUAUAUAUAGGGAGCAGCUUCAGGAGCUCAACGGGAUCACGCACCUGAACUUUGCAAUUAUCCUGACCAUAACGAAUGAAAGGGUAAACGAAGUUUACCCAUCUUCAGCUUGGGACAAUCGCUGCCUCCCUCAGACCAACGAAUCAACAAUGGUUGAUGUUGUGAGUACCAUAACAAGUAUCCGGCGCCCGAUGUACGAAUUCGCCCUGGCAUUCAGCUUGCGUCUCGACCAUUUCGCUGGUGUCUCUCUCGCAAAGGUGCAAGGAGACCCCCUGCAGAAAGUUCCAUGCCGAUUCCACAAUGCCACCUGGUUUUCCGAUGUGUGCGAAAGCCAGCUGUUCGGACGGGGGCCCAGCGGUGCCUCGAUAUACUACAUCGGUGGGUCUGGCUGCGCUUUCGCCGAGGGCAAUGAUACAGCCGAUACAGUGGUAUCCUUCGAAACGCCUCGCACAAUAAGGCACAAAAUGGUGGAGACAUACCGCAAGAUAGGCUACGACCUGACCGAUCAAUACGUGAUCAACUGGGUAGUAUACAACAUGACGUAUGGUCUGGCUCCAGACGUCUGCAACGGCGCACAUAAUCGAAUCUUAGAGAUCCGCAAUGUAAUUGACGAGAACAAGUGAUACCUGCGUCAAUAUAUGACCAACUCACCUGCUCACUUGCAUAAAAUCCAGUUCUCCACUACAUAUCGGAAAUCAUGCGAAAUAUCGCGCCUUCCCUCUCUAGGAAUAAAGAAUUUUAUCUUGUA